AUGGUAACGACUUCAUCUGAUACAGCACACGCUAUUCCAAUCAUACCGGAAAUCAUCAGCGAACAUUGCUCCCAAUAUACGUAUUCCGAAUAUUUGCAAGCCUUAAUUGAAAAAGGUUAUAUUAGAUUCCCUCUGUCCGAAUCAGAUCUUUCCAAAUGGUGUUCGAUCUGUAAUCAAUUCAGAUCACGAUGGAAGGGCAGUCUCCGCUCAAAGGCAGAUAUAGCCGCUGUCGAUGAUUUCUGCAAACUUUUGGCCAAGAACGUGGUCCCUGCUCCAGAGAAAGUUGGAAUCGAGGAUCUGGAAAUCAAGAUUAUGAAACAAGUGACAUCUGAAAUCGGUAAACUCGCUAAACGUAUGGACUCACUUGAAGAAACCGUCAUUGGGCUCUCUUCCAGAGCUGAGCAGAUGGACGAGGCCAUUCUCUCUCUCCAAUCUCAGCAAGAUGAUAAAAGGAUAUCAGCGGUUGAACACUUAGUCUUUACCCAAGAAAAAACUGAAGCAGAAUCUGGAGCUUUGGUCUUAUCUUCUUCUACCAAUCAUCCUCAACUUACCUCUGAUGGUACCACUGACACCAUCGCCGAUAACGUCAUCUUGACAUACAACAUUCGCUUGAACACCAUGAUCGACAAGCUCGAAUCAACUCGAACCCUUUACGAAAGGAUUGAUGCUAGGAUCGAUCGACUUGAUGCCAAGGUCGACAGAAACGACAUCAAGGCCGAUACACUCACCAAUAAAUAUGAUCAGACUAUCGAAGAGCUGAAAAUCAUCCAGAAUGAUCACUUGAAAGUCUUUGAGGACCAAAAGGAUAAAAUAGAUCGCUUGGAGAAGGUGUCCAAAGAGCAAUGGGGAGUAAUCAAUCACACCAACGACAAUAUGAGGGACAUCGAUGGAAAUUUCAACAAGUUGGAGAAGACCUGCAAGAUUAUCAACGAAAAGGUACAAGGUGAAGCGAGAAGGAUGGAAGAAGGCACUAAGAAGAUGGACGAGUUCAAACAGGAGUUCGCGCUCUUCGUUGAACAAGUUAAUGUCAGAGAAAUGAAUCGAGUCCUUUUGGAAGGUGGAAGAUGGUUACAUCCAUUACCUACAAUGAAGGGGUUAUUCUCUCCUGAAGGUCUCAAGGCCUUUCCCAACAGUAGGUGGGCAUUCUGGCAUUCAGAUAAUAUUCGACACCUAUCUUCUAAAGAUCUUGAUAAAUGGCUCGAAGCGUAUCAGAUCGGUGCAGAUUCGCCUUCUUCAGGAGAAAAUACGUUGAAAUUCUUGAAUGAUGUUCCCAUUCAGGUGAAGAGAGCCAUUCUAUCCAAUUUUGUGGGUGGAAGUUGUAAACCUUCUUUCUUCAAAAAGUAA